GUGGUGGCGGCACCCAUAUUUCAACCUAGCCCUCAUUUCCACCGCUCCAGAAAUCACGACUUCCGUAGCUUUCUUACCUCGGCAAAAUUGACUCUGAUUUCCUCUUGGUAGCAGUGCAUUGCCUUCCAGGGUAUUUUCGCCAUGGAUGUGAAACCCAAUUUCCCAAUGCAAUUCCAGCAACAGCAGCUUCCGCAACUACAGCAACAGCAGCAGCAGCCGGAGCCUCAAGCUGCAUCAACUCCGAGUACGAGCGCAGGUCAGCCGGCCGAGGCCCCGCCAAAGCAGGUAGCGUUGGCCAUGGACAGGCUAGCCCAGGCUGCGCGGCUAAUUGCUGAUGUGAGGAUCGGCGGUGACCGGCUUCUCGAGGCGUUGUUCUUCGCCGCCCAGUCUCACCAAAGCAACAAGACCUUGCAGUUUUUGCUCAAGGAAGAUGCUAGCAUGCGCCAGCACCUCCAGGACCUGCGCACUGUUGGAAGACAGCUAGAGGAAACUGGGGUUCUCAACGAUUCCAUGAAAUCUAGGGGUAAUUCUUGGGGUUUGCAUAUACCAUUAGUGUGUCCAGAUGGCGCAGUUGUUGCUUAUGCGUGGAAACGCCAACUAGCUGGGCAAGCUGGUGCAUCUGCUGUGGACAGAACCAGGUUAGCUCUUAAGGCAUUUGCUGAUCAGAAAAGAAGAUUCUUUCCACACCUUGAAGAUGAAUCGGAAGAUCAAAGUACAGAGCCAGGUUCUAAGAAACUUUGUAGGCGUCAGGCACCACUAACAAGUCAGCUAGACGAACUUGGAGAUUUCAAGUCUGUUGCUGAUGUCCUAGCAAGAUUGGAAAAGGAGGUCCCCAACGUAAAAGUUCUUACAUACCAACGCCGGGAUUGGUUUGAAAAGAGCUUCUUCUUUACCGAGUUCGGGAAAUGAGAAUUCAAUUGAAUCACCAAAAGAGCAAAGUUUUCACAGUUUUAAAUAAAAUGAGAGCAGGACCACAGGCUGCAGUUGCCUCUGAAAGGGCUUCUGUUAUUGAAAUAUCGUUUCCUUGUACCUUCAGAGCUGUAGUAUCAUUGCAUCCUGCUGGGUCAAUCGAUCCAGAUGCAGUUGCAUUCUUUCCCCUGAUGAGGGAGGCAGCUACAUGCACGCCAGAGGUUCUUCCAUCUAUCAUGUUAUUCAGACAGAUCACGGGAGCAUGCCGGUAUAGGUUUGCAGCAUUUUCUUGGAGUCGGGAGCGAAAUUGCCCUGUACUUUCUUUUGAAUUGGAUAUGCAGCUACCAGACAUUAUUUACCAAAGUUUGCAGUAAAUGUGGGAAGCUAUUAGCAGCAGAUCGAAAAUCCUCGGCGAUACUACCUCCAGUCCGUCGUUCUUUCCGACAGUUCUACCCUGUUAGGGAAUCGUCAGCUGAAGCCAAUUCAUCAACCAAGGACCAAGUUUUCGAGAUCCCAGGAGCUUAUCAUAUAGGAUGCUAUACUGAUGAGUUGUAGUUUUGAUUAGGCCCAAUGCGUAUGUUAAUACAUACUCUGACCCUCCCAUCUUCUUUCCUUAGGAUUUAGGCAUUUUGAUCACGAGGAGAAAUGGUGUGCUUCUUCUUCUUCUUUUAAUUCCAAUAGUUUGCUACGAUAUUGAAAGAUGUAAAAUAGUUUGCUAGGGAAUGUUCAAACAAACCAUGAGCUGUGUAAAAAGGCCCGUUGCCAACAUGUUAUCUGAUUUGGAGUCCUUAGACCUUCUUCAUAGUUCAUCUCAAGGAUUGAGCCC